AAGCAGGCAGACGCUUCAGGUUUUCUGAGCAUGCUCUUGUUUUUAAGGGGUUCGGGAGAAACAAGAAGUGAACGGGUUCACCCCUGCUGUCGCCUGCUGGGUCUCAUUUCAGCCCGGGGUUUGGGGAGGGAUAUGCAAAUGCAGGCGUCCCCCUCAGAGCUCACGCGGCCCACUGUUGACAGAGGCAUCAGAGCAGCGCAGUGCAGACUCCUGUUCAGUCUCUGGCUUCUGCUGCUGUCUGUCUGUCCGUCUGUCUGUCUGAGCGCUGAAGUGGGCAGGAUGAUGCCAGAACAGCAGAUGUUUCGACUGCAGUGCCGUUUGCCCGCCAACAACUGAAUCAGUGCUCGGAGAAACCUUGUGGGACUCAGCAAGGAAAACAAGCAACACUUCACAACCUCCGGACUCUAAAGCCCAGCUGACUUGGCUUCACUUUUUCUUUUUUUUUCUUCUUCUGCUUAUCCUCCUCAGCUUUUGCUUUCUAUUCUACUCCACUUUAUGGCUUUUUCUGCUGGUGUUUUGUGCUCUGCUGCUUGAAGAUGAGGUGGAUUCUUGCAUUUCCGUUGGUCACACUGCUACUGACUUCAGCUGAUGCCAAAGGAACUUUCUAUGGAAGUCCAUAUAGAUACAAUCUACACAAGUCUGGAAGCGUCCCGCAGCACAACCCUGGAAAACCAAUGGGGCAUCAUAAGAACUACUGUGCAUAUGUUGUCCAGAAGAACGUCACCUGUGUAAUGCAAGACGGAGUGGCCACAUAUGUCAAACCAGAGUACACUACCAAGUGCAUAUGGGGACAGAAAUGCCCUGUGCUCGUGUAUCGCACACUCUUUAAACCACAGUACAAAAUCGGUCAUAAAACCAUCACUGAGCUGGAAUGGCGCUGCUGUCCGGGUUUCUCUGGAGAGAGCUGCGCUGAAGGGCCGAGCUCGGACACGGACGGCAUGAUACCACCCUUCAAGGGCUCUUUCCCCCGGCCCGGGCUAAAGGGUUUCCCCAGGGGUCAUCCCAGAGUCCCUGAGCCCGCAGGACAUCCCGACCACAAGCCCUUCCCUGGUGGGUUCGUCCCAGCAGAAAUCCCGAGAAGCGGCUAUGGUCCAAAGACAGGAGUGACAGGUGAGCGUUUGGACCGAAUUGAAGAAACCCUGCGCAGACUCUCUCAGGAUCUGGACAGCUUGAACGGGCUGGUGACUGGCAUGGAGGAUCGCCUGCGAGUGUCUCUCCGCGAGGACACUAAAAAGAUGCUUACCUCUCUGCUGGGUGGCGUCCCACGGCUACUGGACACGUCUGUGGGCUUUGGGCUGAUCCCAGAGGGCACACCAAAUGGCUUAGAUGGGGAGGAGAACCUGCCCGGUUUCGGGGAGCUGGUGGGACGGGUGAUGGAGGUCAAAGACGAACUGAGGGAAAAGAGCCACAUGCUGGAUGAGAUCCGAGGAAUGGUGAUGGGACACGAUGGCCACCUGAAGAGGCUGAUAGAUACGGCCACAGGGAGACCUGUCCUGGGAGAGCAGAGGCAUCUGGAGGAGCUUCUGGACUCUAAACUGUCCAUUGUGAGAGCAGAUGUGCUGGACGGCUUUGAGAGGAGGCUGACAGGUCUGGAGACUCACUGUGAUGAGAGAAUCAGACAGGUGCAGCAGCAGUGUCAUAACGAACACCUAACUGGUCAAGAGCAGAUCCAGCUCUCACUGGAUGGCCAAGAGACGGGCUUGAGGAAAGAGCUGGGAGAGCUGCAGGCACAGAUCCAGGGUCUGACGGUGACAGAGAACUGUUGCGACCAGAUAAACAGCCAUAGCCGGAGGAUGCUCCUGCUGGAGGACACAGUCAAGAGCCUGACCGAGACACAGAGGCAGCUGCAAGUGGACCUGACGGACCAGACGCUCCACAUCCACACCCUGCUGGACACCCGCCUGCUGGACCUGGAGGCCAGGAUUAACUCCUCUGAUCUUGAUCUGGAUGGGCAAGGCUUCGGUACUCUAGAUGGCUUCAGGACUGUCCUGGACGAUAAGCUAAAGACACUGGAAAGACGUCUGUUUGUAGCCGUGGAGGAGCUGAGCAAUGCCACUGCACCGGCGCUGCUUGAGGGACAAGUGGUUCCCGCACUAGAAACAGAAAUAGACAGUGUUCGGAGAAGAGUGGAGGCGGAUCUGGAUGGGAUGCAGAAGCAGAUGUCUGUACUUGAGCUCCUCUGCACCUCUGCCUGCUCCCCUGCCUCAAGCCCAGACACAGCCCUCAUCCAAACAGAUAUCUGCAAGGAUACAGAGAAGAAAAUCACAGACCUUCUAAACGAGCACUCAAGCAAGCUGGACCAUCUCAACAGUACCCUACAGGGCCUCCUAACACAGCUGUCUCAGGAGGACACGGAGGGCUCUAUCCAGGGCGAGAUCACGCUCCUAAAGAUUAACGUCAACUCAGUUAACCGCACUUUAAAGGGGCUGCGUGAUUCGGUCAGUCUGUUUGCACGGGAGGUCGGACAGGUGAACUCCACGUGGCGGGAGCGAGAGAGCCGACUGGAAACGCAGGUGCAGGGCAUCUCAGAUUUGGUGGAGCGGCAGGCGUCUGUGCUGGGGUCCGGGGAGCGCAGGCUUGUUCAGCUGAAGGCAGAGCUUCAGGGCUUGCGGAGACGGUUAGCCGGGGAGCUGCAGGGCUGUCGCUCCACUACACAAGGGAUUCAGAAAGAGGUGCUAGGAGUGGAGAGCCGGAUCUCCCAGGUGGAGGGACAGUGCGGAGGAUUGGGUGAGCUCGCAGAAGACCUGGAGAGAAUCCGCAGUGAGCUGGAGAGACAUUCGGACAGCUUCCUGCAGCAGGUCAGCGGGACACUGGAGAGCCACUCGGAGCAGCUGCUGCAGCUGAAGGACGGCCUGAGAGACUGCAUGAGCAAAACGGACUCCGCAAUAGAGCGGAGCGACGGCCAGUAGACCCUAGGGAAGCCACAAGGCCUGAGGUUGCACAAAUCUACAAAAUGUUGUGCCCUCAAUAGGGCAUUUUGUCUUCUACUUAUUUUGUUCAAGUCUUUAUAGUGAUUUAAAGGGAUAGUUCACAUGAAUCUGAAUUCAUCUGUUUAUGCAUCCUUCACUUUUUCCAAACCUGUUGAAGAUUCUUUCUUCAGAUUUACACUAAAGAAGAUAUUCUGAAGAAUUCUGGAAAUUGUUGACUUUCAUAGUAUCUGUUUUUUUCUACUAUGGAAGUCAAUGCUUUCUUCAGCUAGCUAUUUUUGUUUUCAUCAGAUAAAAGAAACUCAUUAAGGUUUGAAACAACUUGAGGGUGAGUAAAGAGUAAAUACAUUUUCAUUUUUGAGUGAACUGUCCCUUUAACUGAGUUUUGUUAACUUAUAUGAUGAUAGUGUGACUGUAUUAAGCAUAUUUGACGAGUUUUUAAAGGGAUAGUCCACCCAAAAAUGAAAACUUAGGGGUCAUUGACACAGAUCAUGUUUUUCCAUUUCAAUGUGCUACUUUUCUAUUGUUUUUCUAUGCAAACGUGCACUGUCAAGUUAAAUGAAUGUCUCGCACAUGAAUGUCAGUUCCAUAACAGUAGACCAGAAGAACUCAGAGACGGACAAGUAAUUUGAGCUCAUGUUUACAGUUGCAGGUUGGCAUGACAACUUAUUUAUUCAACCCAGGUUGAUUCUGAUUUUGUACCCCUAUAUACAUUUCUGUAGAGUGCCAAAUACGUCCCAGGAGCUAUAUUUAUUUGCAGUUAUUAUUUUCGCGAAUCGACCUGAGGUCGUUGUGUGCUUUUUCAAUUCUCAAAUUUCUCUUGCGACGUGUCUGCUGUUCUCACGUUAAUCCAAUAGAGGCCGCUGAAAAUUGACUGACUGACCAACCGACCGAUCCCCCAUCCUUCCCUAAACCCAACCAAUAGUAUUUUAAAAAGCACAGAUUUACCCGCCCACCCCCUUUGCUAAACCUAACUGCAGUGUUUUAAAAAGCAAUCCAGAAAAAGAAAAGCCCUCAUCUGAUUUUUACCACGUUUUCAGAUUUUACCACAUUCUCACAAUUUAAUUAUUAUUAUUUUUUUUAUUGUUCUUGUUUUACCUGCUUUCUGGAACCGUUCUUCACCGGACACAAAUCUCGUUGUCAUCGUCAACUCUGCUCUUUGUCUCGUCCGUCGACAUGCGUGUCGACCUACCAGACAAACUGGUACCAGAAGAAAAAAAAAACAUCCACACAGAGGUAAGAGGUCAGCUGGUAAGCACGAAAAGAAACAGCAUCAUACCGCCUCGUAGUGUUCUUAUAGCUCUGGCUACAUAAUUUGCGAUCUAAUGAAAUGUAUACAGGGGUACGUUUUCAAAAUGAGCCUAUGUUUGAUUUAUUCGAAAGUAACAUGGCAAAGGAGAGAUUUUUGCUAGAAGGGAUACAGCUACGGUUGGCAGUUAAUGAAAAUUAUUCAUAUUAUUUAUUUAAUUACCCAUAAAUUUUAUUUUAUUAACACCUACCCCUAUUUUAUUAACACCUAACUCUCACAGUACUGUAAAAACAGCUGUUAUACCAAGAAUUAUUCAUAUUAUUUAUUAAAUUAACCAUUUAAUUGUAUGUUAUGAAAACCCUACCCUAACCCUAAACACAACCCUUAGAGUAAUAUAAAACAGCAGUUACACCAAGAAUUGUUCAUAUUAUUUAUUAAAUUAACCAUUAAUUGGAUGUUAUAAAUACCCUACCCCAACCCUAAACCAACACUAUCUCAAAGCAAUUCGUAUCUUUUUGAUUUAGUGACUAAUUGUAUGAAUUCGUAUGAUGUAAUUCGUACAAUUUAGUACGAUUUGCUCAUCCCCCCAAUGACGGUUGGGUUGAGGGGUGGGGUUAGGUGCCACGCCUUCUUUUUAAAAUCGUAAAAUUUUAUACGACUGAACUCGCACAAAUUCAUACGAAUUCAUACUGGCAAAACGUAAAAUACUUACGUUUUCUCGUGAGAUCAGGCUGCCCUAAACACAACUCUCACAGUAAUGUAAGGAUUUUUUAAGGAGACCUUUUUAAACCAUUCCUGACUGCUGCAUUUCGCAUUUUUAUACACAAACAUGCGUUAUGUGUGAAAGUACCCUUAAUCCUUAUGUAGUUCCAAAUUUUCAUCAGUUUCUUUAUUCUGUUGAACACAGAAAAUAUAUUUUGGUGAAAGCUGGGAACCAGUAUUCAUUAAAUUCCAUUUACUUAAAAAAAAAGUUUCCAUUUCUCAAGAUAACGGCCAGAAGAAAGAAACUCAAACAGGUUUGGAAUAAGUGAAGGGUGAGUAAAUGAUGACAGUGUUUUCAUUUUUGGGUAAACUAUCCCUUUAAAUGAAGUAUCGGAUGUGUAAAACACAGGAAAGCGAAUGUUCUGACACUACUAAGCUGCUACGGGUUCUCAUGGCAAAUACUGUUCUCUACCUUCUCAUCUCAGCAUCCCAGUCAUCUCCUUACUGUUUUAAUUACUGUAACACAAACGAAGCUACACAUUUUUUUUAAAGGUUUGAUGUGUGUGAAUAAGUUGUUCAAAAGUAUAUAUUUCGCAUUAUUAAAAUGCUUUCUAAGAGAUUAUAAUUUUUCAUGAAUAAAAGUGGACUGUGUGGAC